AUGUGUGGUGGAUUUACGUGUUCUAAAAAUGCCUUAACAACUCUAAAUAUUUUAUAUGUUGUUGUUGCUUUUAUAUUGAUUGGAGUAGCUGUUUAUGGAAAAGCAUCAGCCUUAGGAACAAAUAUUCCUGUUAUCAGUGGAAUUUUAGCUUGUGGAGUUUUUCUAAUUUUAAUUUCAAUACUCGGAUUAAUCGGAGCUGCUAAACAUCAUCAAGUUAUUUUAUUUUUUUACAUGAUCAUAUUGUUUUUCUUGUUUUUGGUACAAUUUAGCAUAGCUUGUGCUUGUUUGACAGUUAAUAGUGAUCAACAAGAAAAAUUGGCUAGGCAAGGAUGGGAAAGUUCAUCAAUUGAAUUUAAAGAACAAAUUCAGGAGACAUUUCAGUGUUGCGGUUUUGAUAAUAGAACAAAUUCGAAAUCUGCAAAUUCAUUAAGCUCUUUGUGCAAAUCAGAAUUUUGUUGCUGUAAACCAAAUAAUGACAGCUCAUUAGCUAGUAGUAACUGCUCUUAUCCAUAUUGUAUUGAUAAAUUAAAAUCAACCAUUAGUUAUUCAUUUAAAUUGGCAGGAGGAAUAGGAUUAUUUUUCAGCUUUACAGAGGUUUUGGCUGUUGUAAUAACUUAUCAAUAUAGAAAUCUUCAUGAUCCAUUAGAAAAACGGCCUGCUGCUAUAAUUCCGAGAAAUUAUUUAUAUUAA